AUGAGUUACAUAGCAGUAGUGAGGUUUGCUGUGGGUGACACAGCAGCAGUGAAGCUUGCUGUGGGUGACCCAACAGCAGUGAAGCUUGCUGUGGGUGACACAGCAGUAGUGAAGCUUGCUGUGGGUGACCCAGCAGCAGUGAAGCUUGCUGUGGGUGACACAGCAGCAGUGAAGCUUGCUGUGGGUGACCCAACAGCAGUGAAGCUUGCUGUGGGUGACACAGCAGCAGUGAAGCUUGCUGUGGGUGACCCAGCAGCAGUGAAGCUUGCUGUGGGUGACCCAGCAGCAGUGAAGCUUGCUGUGGGUGAAACAGCAGCAGUGAAGCUUGCUGUGGGUGACACAGCAGUAGUGAAGCUUGCUGUGGGUGACCCAGCAGCAGUGAAGCUUGCUGUGGGUGACACAGCAGCAGUGAAGCUUGCUGUGGGUGACCCAGCAGCAGUGAAGCAUGCUGUGGGUGACACAGCAGCAGUGAAGCUUGCUGUGGGUGACACAGCAGUAGUGAAGCUUGCUGUGGGUGACCCAGCAGCAGUGAAGCUUGCUGUGGGUGACACAGCAGCAGUGAAGCUUGCUGUGGGUGACACAGCUGCAGUGAAGCUUGCUGUGGGUGACCCAGCAGCAGUGAAGCUUGCUCAGCAGUUAAGCUCGCUGUGGGGUGACACAGCAGCAGUGAAGCUCGCUGUGGGUGACACAGCAGCAGUGAAGUUUGCUGUGGGUGACACAGCAGCAGUGAAGCUUGCUGUGGGUGACCCAGCAGCAGUGAAGCUUGCUGUGGGUGACACAGCAGCACUGAAGCUUGCUGUGGGUGACACAGCAGCAGUGAAGCUUGCUGUGGGUGACCCAACAGCAGUGAAGCUUGCUGUGGGUGACCCAGCAGCAGUGAAGCUUGCUGUGGGUGACACAGCAGCAGUGAAGCUUGCUGUGGGUGACCCAGCAGCAGUGAAGCUUGCUGUGGGUGACACAGCAGCAGUGAAGCUUGCUGUGGGUGACCCAGCAGCAGUGAAGCUUGCUGUGGGUGACACAGCAGCAGUGAAGCUUGCUGUGGGUGACACAGCAGCAGUGAAGCUUGCUGUGGGUGACCCAACAGCAGUGAAGCUUGCUGUGGGUGACCCAGCAGCAGUGAAGCUUGCUGUGGGUGACCCAGCAGCAGUGAACCUUGCUGUAGGUGACACAGCAGCAGUGAAGCUUGCUGUGGGUGACCCAACAGCAGUGAAGCUUGCUGUGGGUGACCCAGCAGCAGUGAAGCUUGCUGUGGGUGACCCAGCAGCAGUGAAGCUUGCUGUGGGUGACACAGCAGCAGUGAAGCUUGCUGUGGGUGACCCAGCAGCAGUGAAGCUUGCUGUGGGUGACCCAGCAGCAGUGAAGCUUGCUGUGGGUGACACAGCAGCAGUGAAGCUUGCUGUGGGUGACCCAGCAGCAGUGAAGCUUGCUGUGGGCGACCCAGCAGCAGUGAAGCUUGCAGUGGGGGACCCAGCAGCAGUGAAGCUUGCUGUGGGUGACCCAGCAGCAGUGAAGCUUGCUGUGGAUGACACAGCAGCAGUGAAGCUUGCUGUGGGUGACCCAGCAGCAGUGAAGCUUGCUGUGGGUGACCCAGCAGCAGUGAAGCUUGCUGUGGGUGACCCAACAGCAGUGAAGCUUACCGUGGGUGACCCAGCAGCAGUGAAGCUUGCUGUGGGUGACCCAACAGCAGUGAAGCUUGCUGGGGGUGACACAGCAGCAGUGAAGCUUGCUGUGGGUGACCCAGCAGCAGUGAAGCUUGCUGUGGGUGACCCAACAGCAGUGAAGCUUGCUGUGGGUGACCCAGCAGUAGUGAAGCUUGCUGUGGGCGAUACAGCAGCAGUGAAGCUUGCUGUGGGUGACACAACAGCAGUGAAGCUUACCGUGGGUGACCCAGCAGCAGUGAAGCUUGCUGUGGGCGAUACAGCAGCAGUGAAGCUUGCUGUGGGUGACACAACAGCAGUGAAGCUUACCGUGGGUGACCCAGCAGCAGUGAAGCUUGCUGUGGGCGAUACAGCAGCAGUGAAGCUUGCUGUGGGUGACACAACAGCAGUGAAGCUUACCGUGGGUGACCCAGCAGCAGUGAAGCUUGCUGUGGGCGAUACAGCAGCAGUGAAGCUUGCUGUGGGUGACCUAACAGCAGUGAAGCUUACCGUGGGUGACCCAGCAGUAGUGAAGCUUGCUGUGGGUGACCCAGCAGCAGUGUAG